CAUCAUUCGUCCCCCAUUCCCCCUUCUUCAUUCCCCCCUCCAUCGAGUGCUCCCCAUUCCAUCCAUCCACCAUGGAGCACCCGCACUCAUCCCCUACACUUCGGCAGCGGACCCAUGCCACCUCCACCACCACCGCGUCCUCAUCUGAGUCCUCCACGACAACCCCAACGACUGAUGAAGCAUCCUCGAUCCUGUCCUCCUCUGUCCAGGGAGCCAGCUACCUCGUCCUCCUCCAGUUCGUCUCCCGCAUGCUCACCUUCACCCUCAACCAGGUCCUCCUCCGCUUCACCUCUGCCGAGACCCUCGGGAUCGCCUCUGUUCAGCUCGAACUCCUCCUCAACACGAUCCUCUUCCUCUCCCGUGAAGGGGUCCGCUGUGCCGCCAUCCGCGUCUCCGACGACAGUUCAACUACAACUACCACUACAGCAUCAUCAUCUUUAUCAUCGGACGCCGAUCGGAUCGGAGACGGUAGCCAUGGGAUCAGUGAUAUCAAGGAUGAGACAGCGCCAGUAUCGUCAUUAUCAUCAUCAUCAUCAUCGUCGUCGUCGAUCACCUCGACCCCACGUCCAGGAUCAGAGGCAUAUCGUCUCCAGAAACUCGUCAAUAUGGUGUACGCGCCCAUCCCCAUCGGUGCACUCAUGACCGUCCUCGCUGUGGGCUACUGCCUCUCCCAUGUUGAUUCUUCUGCUGAAGCCCGCUUCCCGCAUUACCGGCUCUCGAUCUACCUGUACGGUCUUUCGGCGUUGAUCGAGCUCCUUGCGGAACCCAUGUUCAUGGUCGCACAGUACAAGCUCUGGUUCAAGACCCGGGUGUCGGUCGAGGGGACGGCGGUGAUUGUGAGGUGUGUGUUGACGUGCGCACUGACGAUCUAUGGGAAUAGGGCCGAGGUCGUCGAGGCCAUGCCGGGGCAUCAUCAUGCGCUUCACUUGGAUCCGAAAACAACAGCAGCAGUAGUGGCAGCGGGAAAGGGGGAUAGGAAUACGAUGGGGGUGUUGGCGUUUGCGGUGGCCCAGUUUGUGUAUGGGUUAUUGACGCUUGGAGGGUUCCUGUUGGCGUUUUGGAGCAAGAGUCGGGAGAGGCAUGAGCAGGAGAGACGGAGGAUGGAGGCGGCGGCGAAGAAGUAUCAUGCUCAUCCGGACAUGAGGGAGGAGCGGGAGGAGGACUUGAUUGAGAUGAGGGCCUUGUUGCCGAAGAAACUUGUCAGGAUGGGAAACAGCGGCAGGCCAGAGUACUUUUACUUUGAUCCGGAGCUGCUGAAGCUGUCAAAGACCUUGACGGCCCAGUCGUUGCUGAAGCAUAUCCUGACGGAGGGCGACAAGAUGCUCAUGGCUGGACUCACAAAUGAGGAAGCUCAGGGGGUUUAUGCUUUUGUGGUCAAUUAUGGAUCGUUGGUGGCGAGAAUCCUUUUCCAGCCAAUGGAGGAGACGAGCAGGACACUCUUCAGCAGACUCCUGAGCGAUGUCGGACCCGCCUCCAAAUCCCUUGCGACCACAACCAAGGAAAAAAACCCCUCCUCCUACUCUUCCUCCUCUUCCUCUUCGAGAACGGGAGCAGAAGCAAAAGCAACGUCGUCUGGAUCUACCACGCUGGCAGAAGGCCAGGUCGCGAACCUGAUCCUCUCGCGCAAUUUACUUUUAACCAUCAUGAAGUUCCACAUCCUCCUCGGCCUAGUCUUCAUCUCCUUCGGGACCCAUUACACCGCCACAUUGAUCGACCUCGUCGUUGGAAAAUACUGGUCUCGCGAUACCAUUGCGCCUCAGGUCCUGAGUCUCUAUUGCUGGUACGUCCCCAUCAUGGGACUCAACGGGAUCACAGAGGCGGUUGUACAGGCGGUCGCGUCCGAGACCGAGCUGGGCGUGCUCUCAUAUUGGAUGAUUGGUUUCUCGGCCGUGUUCUGUAGCACGGGCGCGGUUCUGAUGGGGGUCUUUGGUAUGGGCGCCAAAGGGAUCGUCCUGGCAAACUGUGUGAAUCUAUCGAUGCGGAUCGGCUGGUCCAUGUGGUUCUUGUCAAGAUACUAUGGGCGGUAUAUCCCUGCUUCGACCUCGGAGGGCGAGGAGCAGCAGCAGCAGCAGCAGCAGAAGAAGAAGAGUCUAAUGGCGACGUUCUCGAAUGUGCCGUGGAGGAUGAUUCUGCCACGUCCGUCUGUGUUGGUAGCGUUCACAGCGGCGUAUGCGAUCACGGCGGCGAGUGAGCUGUAUGUUGGAUGGGAUCAGUGGUUGCAGAAGGUUGUGCAUCUGGGCACGGGCGUGGCGACGUUCUUGGCGGUGGCCGGGGUGGUCUUUGUUGCUGAGAAGCCCUUCAUGAGGGAAAUUCAGAGCUUUGUCCGGCAGCGACGCAACUAGCGCGUGGAAUCAAAGGAUCGAAGAAAAAAAAAAAAAAAAGAAAAGAAACGUGAACGCGCUACCCACAAGACGUGUGCAUUGGCACACAGGCUCCACUCGUACUUUUCUUCGAGACUGUAUAGGAUGAUUUUUUUUCUUUUUUCUUUCUCGCAUCUUCCCUUCGCUACACAUCCUGUAUCAAACUUUUUGCAUCCUCAAACGCGUGUAUACACACACGGCAGUAAAAAAAAUAAA